GGAAUGCCUCAUGUCAUUGGAUGCAUUGAUGGAACAUCCAUUCCUAUACGAACACCAGCUCACAAAAUUAAAAGCACUUAUACAAAUAGACACGACAUGCCAUCAAUUACACUACAAGGAGUGUGCGAUUACAAAAAAAAAUUUAUUGAUGUGUUUACUGGAAUACCCGGAAAGGUCCACGAUGCCAGGGUAUUUGUUCUAUCUGAUUUAAGUAAAGAUCUACCAACCGUGUGUGAAAAAAAGUACCAUUUGCUCGGUGAUGGAGCCUAUCCUAUCCGAGAAUGGCUACUUGUACCAUACAAGGACUACGGAAGAUUAACUGAAUCACAGAAAACAUUUAUUAAAACAUUAAGUUCUACCAGAGUACUGAUUGAGAAUACGUUUGGUCUUCUCAAGUCCCGAUUUAGGCAACUUUUGCAGUUGGAUAUACAUUCUGUCGACAAGAUAACUAAAUUCAUAAUAUCAUCAUGUGUU